AUGGCCCAAGCUCUCACUUUUCCGUCCCCGACUAAAAAAUGGCAUCACAAAGCACAGCCAUCUACACUGCCCACUCGUCAUGGGUUAUCUUCCAAGGGAAAAUCCGUGAUAGUCACAGGAGGAGGUACCGGCAUUGGCGGGGAGACGGCCCGCUACUUCGCUGAAGCGGGCGCGUCGAGAAUCGCUCUGCUCGGCCGCCGGACGCAGCCGCUUCUUGACAACAAAGCUUUCAUUGAGGAGAAAUUCCCCGGGGUCGAAGUUAUAACUGUAUCUACAGACAUCACCAAGAAAAGUGACGUAGAUGCGGCAUUCUCCCAGUUCGCCGGCAACGGGAAGAUUAAUGUCCUCGUCCACAGCGCAGCUGUAAUCGGACCCAAAGAGGGUGUUGCAGAUGCAGACGGCGAUAGCUAUCUCGAGGCUAUCCAAGAAAAUAUCGCCGGUGCGCUAUGGGUUGCGCAAGCAUUCCUUCGUCACGCCGCGCCGGAUGCAGUCGCCAUCAUCAUUAACUCGUGGGCCGCGCAUCUGAGUCUCAACGACGUAUUCUCUUCGUAUUGCGUCGCCAAGUUGGCUGUCUAUCGGCUCUGGGAUACCAUCACCAUUUCCAACCCAAGUUUGAGCGUCUUUCAUACGCAGCCUGGCGUAGUCCUUACUGAGAUGAACCUGCGCGCUGGGGGCGCCGCGAGCUUUGAGGGUAUCAAGACUGACGAUGUCUCUCUUCCGGCAAGCUUCAACCUCUGGCUUGCAAGUCCCGAAGCCCGGUUUUUAAGGGGUAAGUUCGUAUGGUGUAACUGGGAUGUAGAGGAACUAAAGGCCCAAGCCAAGGAAAUUGAGGAGGGGACAAAACUGAGCAUUGGGCUAAUGGGAUGGCCAUUUGACUAUGUUAAUUAG